AUGAUUGUUAGCAAUGUGCUCCAUCUCAUGACUGUUCUCUUGUUCUGCAGUUGGCCCUGAGACGGUAACUCCAUGCCAGAUGUCAACAUCAGCGAUUCCCUGUUGUGAAGAAGAAUGACUUUUGCUCCACCGCUUAACUCUGCGUCGCUCUGUGGAAGAUGAACCACUCCUGUGUCUCCCAGACCAGUGACACCACCAAUGUGACAGCAGAUCCACUGGGGGGCCAUGAGAUAUGGGAGGUGGUGGUGAUCGUACUCAUCACAGGGCCUCUCUCGCUGGUCACUAUCAUAGGUAACCUGCUGGUGGUGAUCUCCUUCCGGGUCAACAGGCAGCUGCGCACCUUCAGCAAUUACUUUCUGCUGAGCCUGGCGGUGGCGGACCUGAUCCUGGGGGCAGUCUCYAUGAACCUCUAUGCUGUUUAUAUUAUCAUGGGACGCUGGACUCUGGGCAGCCUGGCCUGUGACGUCUGGCUGGCUGUGGAUUAUGUGGCCAGCAAUGCCUCCGUCAUGAACCUGCUGGUCAUCAGCUUCGACCGCUUCUACUCCAUCACCAGACCUCUCACCUACCGGGCCAAGCGCACCACACGCCGGGCAGCCGCAGCCAUCGGCCUGGCCUGGGCCGUGUCCUUCAUCCUGUGGGGGCCAGCCAUCCURUUCUGGCCCCAUGUAGUGGGCAGGGCCUCACAGGGCGCGGGUGAAUGCUCUAUCCCGUUCCUGACCGAGCCUGCUCUCACAUUCGGCACGGCCAUCGCUGCCUUCUACCUUCCUGUCACCAUCAUGGGAAUCCUGUACUGGAAGAUCUACUGGGAGAUCGAGAAGCGAGCCCAGGGUCUGGAGGGGCUAAUGGGRUCUGGGAGCAGUGGAGGGGCCUCCCAGGUGUCUGGGCGAAGGGAUGUCUACUCCAGCAGCACCAAGAGCAGUGUGAGCAGCUCCAGAGAGGUGCCUGUGGGCAGGGAGCAGAGCAGUGAGGUGUCCCAGGGCUGCUUCCCUGUGAGAGAGGAGYCUAAACAGAGCAGUGGGAGGAGAAUAGCAACACUGUCAUUGUCUCCCACCAAGGGGGCCUACGGGGAGGGCUGCAGAGACAGCACCUGUAACGUAGAUGAGGAAGAGCCUACUGUCUCCCUUUCCUCCUCAGAGGAAGAACCAGAGCAGACGCAGCAGGGGGCGAGCGCUAAGACAAGCCCUAAAGCCAUGAUCCCACUCAGAGACGCCCAGGGCAGAGACACCGUAGGGGCCACCAAACCCCUGACAUCCAGGGCAGAGGACAGUACAGCAGGUCCACAGGGCAGGCAGCCCCCCCUAAGGGGCUCCACAGCAGACUCCAGACGCCACAAGCAGCCCAAAGCCAAGAGGAGGAGGAACACAAUUGUCAGGGAGAAGAAGGCAGCCAGGACCCUGUGUGCCAUCCUGCUAGCUUUCAUCCUGACCUGGACGCCGUACAACAUCAUGGUGCUGGUGUCCGUCUCCUACUGCGUGCCCGAGAAGCUGUGGCAGCUGGGCUACUGGCUCUGCUACAUCAACAGCACCGUCAACCCAGUCUGCUACGCCCUCUGCAACGAGCACUUCAGAGUCACCUUUAAGACGCUGCUGCUCUGCAGGCCGGGACAGAGGAACUGGGGAAUGGCUUAUAACGCCAACCAUGCCUCCUUCAGGACACACAAGACCAGCAGUACWGUCUGAACUUUUUCAAAGCUAGACACUACCCUCUAGCUUAAGAAGAGUCAGACCUGCCCUAGUAAAAGACAAUCCAUGCAAGUGGCUGAUUUUUGAAGAAGGCAGAGGAAUUGCUUUUUGACUGUUAGAUAAAAACAGACAGGCUAAGUAUGAUGGGCAUUGACAUCCAUAACAGUCAAUAGCAGAAAACCUACCCAGGGUAUUGCCUCAAAGUACAKUCUUUCUUAAGAACAUUACAUUGCAUACAUCUAUGAUAAUCAYGCAGUCUGUUUUUGCCCAUGACUGUCUUCAAACUUUCCUUCCUCACCCUCCCCUUCCGUUCCUCUCCACGGAGCAGUUGGUCUGCCCGUUUUGACUUCGGUCCAGAGCCAUGAGGAAAUGGCUUCUGUUUAUGACAUGUUUAUUGAAACAGGGUUAUGUUUUGGUCCAUGUGCCUUCAUGUUAAAUCAUCACCAGGAACUUGCAAUACAAAAAGGUACAAAYAUAAGAGACACAAAGAUUCCAUCACUGAUACAAUAGUGCUUCAGUGAYCUUGAACGCACACUGCUGCAAUAGAGAAAAGAGGAC